CUCAUACCAUGUACUUAUGCACCUAACUAACAGAAAUACUUUUUGGUUCUAGCUGACUAGGAAUAUGCUCAGGAUUAUGACAUGGCAUGAGGGGAACCGAAUGGUAAAUUCAUGAUACAGAAAGUUAUAAAAACCGGGCUUUCUCAUGUCUUCCUUUUGAUACUCAUGAGUCAUAACAGGCCAUCAGAGCAUUUUCCUUUGGUUGACCUCUAGUUGUUCCUUUUCAUUGGCUCAAGGCUUCGAAAAUGCAUCGUUUUUUUCUUUACUCGUCGUUAUUCACAGCGACUCUGGGAUACCGGUUGUUUGAGUAUACUGGUGAGCGCUGUACUGGCUCGAAUGUCGGCCUCCACCGACUGGCUGGUCCCAGUGCCUGUGCUCAGCUGAAUGAGGGUGUCGCAUCCUCGCUACUGGUCAAAAUUGAUAACGUCCACGAUGACCUCUACCAGGUCAAUGUCUACGAAAACGAGGAUUGUACGGGUAGUAUUGUCGGAGCAAUCGCCAACACAAAUGGUUGUCUAAAUCUUCAUGUUUUCAGUGCCGUCGGGAAAUCCGUUCAAGUGGUUCCUGUUAGCAAGAAACGGAAUACUUCUAACAUAAGAGGUUUUGAGACUGACUCUCUCUAUAACCUUGACGAGGGGAUUGAUGGGGAAAUCCAGGUCCCCAUUAUGCAUGGUGGGUUCAGCCCAGCCCAAAAGUCCUACCACUCAGAAGAUGGGACCUACCUCGACGAAGCCUUCGAUCUUUGGAUUCCGCAUGAGGUUGAUCGACACAGCAUCAUCAAAGACCUGUGGUUUCAUAAGCUUGAUGAAGAAGGUCCGUCCAAUUACCUCAACAAUACCUCGCUCCACGUUCAUGACGCAAGACAGCUUGAAUGGGCCUAUUGUAACUUCCAGGCCGUCUGUAUGGGUGCUGUCGACCUUGGGGGAAGGUUUUCCAAUUCUGCAUUCGCGCGAGGGGUAAUGCAUUAUAUAGGCAAUUCCGGGUGGAAAGAUUAUCUUAAGCUGGUCAACUUUGUCGUGGGUCACACCGCUAACGGGAUAACUAUCAUCAGUUCGAUUCACACCGCAGGAUCUGGGUCUCCCGAACAGAAAUGCGAAACGAAUAAGACAACCCGCCAACUGGCGGGAGAUCUGGUGAACUCAGCGGGGACAGACGGCGUUACCAAUGUUGUCUGGGUGAUUAAGGAUGAAAACGACAAGGAGUGGGAACUAGCCCUGAGGGCACGACCCCUGGGUGCCUCCAACAAUAACAACUGUGGUGCUUGUGCCUUGUGUCUCUAAAAUCAAUCAUCCUAUGGACUGCCGGUAUAGCUGUCAUUGGUGGUGGUAACAGUGGUGGUGCCGUGGUAUGUAAUUAUUGGAGAAGACGGUUAGGCAAGCAGAAUGGAAAAUGUUUUACACUGUGUAUGUACUCAAAUGUUAUUGGGACAAGACGCUAGUCCAGGAUAGGUGUAUAAAA